AUGGGAAUUCCAUCACCUAAGAAACCUGAUGGUCCAGCCGAGACUCGAGCUGGUACCUCGCGAAGUCGUGAUACUCGCUGCGGUAACAGGGUGAAUGUAGCAGCAUCAUUUACAAUGCGGAAGGUUCCUAUAGCUCUGAUAAGUUUAUUUACUUGCUGUGCCCUCGGGAUUGACAUCGAUGUCGCUAUUAAGCUCAUCUCUGAAUUCAUAACUGAGAACAAACUGAAAACCGCAAUAGCCAUGACUUGCUGGAAGAAACCAGAUCAAUUGAAGCUAGCUAAACGCUUGUCAGAAAAGAAUGUGCCGUUGAACACGCUUGAGCACUGUGAAGACUCGACCAAUUGCUCAGUUCUGGAAGCGGAAUACAGACAUUUGGCUGUCAUUGCUGAUCUGCGGUGUGCUGGCAGUUUCGAGAUCCUUACACAGGCUUCAAACCGCAGCUUCUUCAAGGGGCUGCACUUCUGGCUACUGUUAUCCAUGUCUGGAGAGACACUUGUUUCAGUUGAUGAUCCUGUGAUGAUUGCCAUGGAAACACUGAAACUGCGACUAGACAGCCAGGUGACUCUGGCUCGUCCAGGACCUGAUUUCAACCAAGUCCUGUUACAGAAUAUCUACAGGCUUGCAGAUCAACCUCUCACAGUGACUUCUCCCCGUGGCUGGAGUCCUGGAAGGCUCUUGCCACAUGCACCACGGAGGGACGAUUUCAAGGAAAUAGUUCUCAAAGCAGGAGUUGCCGUUAUAGAUGAUCCAUGGGAACACUUUCUGGACUUGAACUACAGACACUUGAAUACGAUGAGCAAAUUGAGCUACGUAUUAACAUGUUACCUUGCUGAGAUGCUCAACUUCAGCACAACGAUCUCCGAAUACACUGAAUGGAUUUCGAUGCUAUCGUGUACUUCAGAUAGGAGACUCCCACGGCGGAUGGAACUGGUGCUCACUGAUGCGUGGGGGUUUCCGAUAAAUGGUACGAAAUGGUAUGCUGGGGUAGCAGGGCUCCUGCAGCGCGGCCUAGUGGACAUUGGAGCCACCACCCUCUUAAUCAAGAGUGCCCGACUGGACGUCGUCGACUAUGCGGCAGAAGCAUUUCCUUUCGUGGGGAACUUCAUGUUCUUGAAGCCGUCGCUUUCCGAAAUGUCGAUCAUCUACACGCUGCCCUUCAGCCGGACGGUGUGGAUCACCUACGCCCUCAUAGUGGCUACUUUAACAGUUGCCCUGGUUUUCUCCAUGAGAACGGAGCAGUCCCUGAAGCCGUCGGAACAUGAUCAUCCAGUGAGAUGGAGUGACGCUGUGUUGAAUUCAAUCGGUAUCGUGUGUCAGCAAGGUUAA